AUGUCGAAAUGCACAUUCCACAUAGAGCGGACUGGUUGGGGCGACGUGGAGGAGCUGCCUGGGAACGCCCGGCGCGUGAUCUACGUGCCUCUGGGCGCCGAGCUGGAUGCCUGCCCGCAGGGUCUCACGUGCCGUCAUGUCGUACAGGCGACCGGAUUCGAUUUCUACUCGGGCGAGCCUCGCGUGCUGGGGCUGCCGCUCGAGACACACUCGAGCGAGCUGCUGAGUGCUGGGGACGGCAUCCGCGGCGAGUGCUGCCUCGUCGUUGGCUCGGGCAAGUCGUCCAUCGACGUGGUGCGCCUCCUCGUCAAGCAAGGCAACACCGUGCGUUGCGUGUACCGCAACCCGACUGCGUACCUUGCCUUAAAGAUGCCCUGCAGAUUAUAA